GUCGACUGAAGGCAAGAUAAUCGUGUCAAGCAGUUGGUCUCACUAUGCCAUCUCACAAGCCAGAAAGCCCGAUAGAAGUGGAGGAUGCUUCGAAUGAGAAAAGCCUGGAGGCUGCUCCUAGUCUAGAGGAGAGUUAUAUGGAGAGCGGCCUGAGUCGUGAGGAUGCGGUUUUUCUGGCGACCUUCUCGGAUGAGCGGAGGACGAAGUGCGUCCGCAAGAUUGAUUGGCGCCUCUGCCCUAUGCUCAUGAUACUCUACCUUUGUGCUUAUAUUGAUCGGGCGAAUAUUGGAAAUGCAAAAAUCGAAGGCCUGCUAGAGAGCUUGGAUAUGACCGGUACCGACUAUAAUAUCGCAUUGGCAAUCUUUUUCGUUCCAUACGUCCUAUUCGAGGUUCCAAGCAACAUCCUACUGGCCAGGUUUAAAAAGCCGUCCGUGUAUAUUUCCAUUCUGGUACUCGGAUGGGGCACCGUCAUGACCCUGACAGGCGUGGUGCAGAACUUUGACAGUCUGUGUGCCGUUCGUUUCCUUCUUGGGGUUUUCGAAGCAGGAUUCUUCCCAGGAGCCGUCUGGCUGAUCAGCCAGUGGUAUCUCCCACACGAAACGCAAACCCGCAUCGCAAUCUUCUAUACCGCAAGCGCACUCGCAGGUGCAUUCUCUGGUCUUCUUGCCUUCGGUCUCGCCAAGAUGAAUGGCGUCGGUGGCUACGCAGGGUGGCGAUGGAUAUUUAUCAUUGAAGGCGUAGCCAGCGUCGUACUAGCAGCGGUCUGUUACUUCUGCCUUGUGGAUUCACCUGAACUAUCCAGCAGGUGGCUCGAGCCAGACGAAAUCCGCUUCUUACAGCUACGGAUGCAAGCACACAGAGGACGUGUGGUAGUCGACGAAAAAGCCAAUAAGUUCGACUGGAAAACGUUGUUUAAAGUUGUUACCGACUGGCAUUUAUACCUGCAGGUCCUUAACUUCUGGUCAAAUGCCAUUCCCAACUACGGGCUGAAGUUCACGUUACCGCAAAUUAUCAAGAAUAUGGGAUAUACCUCUGCCAAUGCUCAAUUGCUGUCAAUCCCGCCAUACGUUGCCGGUGCACUGUCUGCGUAUCUGUUUGGUCUUGCUGCGGAUAAACUCCGCUGGCGCAUGCCUAUCAUCGUCACCGGCCAGACGUUCAGUAUCGUCGGAUUCGCCAUCUUGUUUUCUCUCGCGGAAAACAUUGAGAAUAAUAUCCCCGCGUGCUAUUUCGGCGUUGUCCUUGCUUGCAUCGGGCUAUACCCGAUCUUGCCUGGCACAAAUGCCUGGACGUCGAAUAAUCUAGCAGGAGCGCGGAAGCAUGCCAUGGGAAUCGCCUUUAUGAUCAGCAUCGGCAAUACAGGAGGUCUCGUCGGCUCGUUUAUCUAUCUUGAAAAGGAAGCGCCUAAAUACCCGUCCGGGUUUGGAAGCUCGCUUGGCUUUGGCGCUGCGGGGAUCGUUGCCAGUGCCUUGUUGGAACUGCGGUUCUGGUACGUGAAUAGGCGGAAUGCGAGGAUGAGCAGGGAUCAAAUUCAGGAGAUGUAUACCGCGGAGGAGUUGCAGUUGAUGGGGGAUCGGUCGCCGUUGUUCAAGUAUAUGCUUUGAUUCGGUCUUGAUAGGGUUGUUGAUAGCCCGGUAAACCACCUACAACAGGUUCAUCCUAGCAUGAUCCAAGGACGCGUAAACCUAAUCAACUUUGUGAUAAUUAAUUACUCUAGAAAAAGAAGACUAGUAAUUUCCAACAGGGUGGGUAG